AGGCACACGUCAUAAGAGUGCGCAGAAAAUGGCAGCCGCAAAUGCAGUGAAAAGAAAAUACUGACGAUUUCGGGGCAAAUUGUCAUCUUACCUGGAUUUAAAGUCUUAAAAUGUCGGACUCAUUACAAACACAAACUCGUCAGGAUCGACUGGACCGCCUGCAGGAGCUGACAGAGUUCACCGAGAAGUGCAAAAAACAGAUACACGAUAUAUUUGAAACGCUGGGAUGGUCGCAGGACUACAAGGACUCCAACCACGAAGCAAUGGAGCAGUGUCCCUACGACCCCAACCACAGAGUCCCGGUCCGGAGCAUGGAGAAACACAAAGCCUCCUGCCGCCUCCGUAGGAUGGGCUACACAGCUGAGGAGCAGGCGGAGAUGUUCGACCCUUCUGUGUGUUAUGAGAACAGCAGUGUCAGCAGCUUUACAAUGGACAAAUCCACCCAGCACCAGGUGAUCCUGCAGGCCAGAUCUGCUGCACCACUGAUGAGGAUGGAAGGAGUCUUCUGGCAAGGUCAGUACUCCGGCCAGCCUGUCGACGUGCCUCAGAACCACAAGCGUGCGCUGUGUGACCUUACUGUGGCCGACCGAUUGGCUCUGUACGAUCAUGUGGUCCGUGUCCUCGGCCAACAGAAGGAAGCUGCCUCCUCCAGCAACGAUGAUCUCUACGUAGAUCUGGUGUCCAAACUCCGGAAGGAUGAAGAACAGAAUGAACCAAAGACUCACCUGGAGCUGAUGGCAGAGAUGAGAGACUACAAGAGGCGGCGUCAGUCCUAUCGAGCCAAGAACGUUCACAUCACCAAAAAGUCCUACACUGAGGUGAUCAGAGAGGUGAUCAACGUCCACUCAGAGGAGCUCACCAGACAGUGGAGAGAGGAAGAGGACGAGGAGGAGUCGACCAGAUCUGAACUCUCCUCUCACAGGCGUCGGCCGGAUGAAAGGCGGUCAGCGUCAUCAGAGUCUCGUCACUCCCACAGCAGACGCCAUCGCAGCCGAGAACGAAGCCAAGACAGAGAGAGCAAGAAGAAGAGGAAGAAGAAGGAGAGGGAUUCCCGCUCCCCUGAUGACCACCACCACGACCGAAAGAAGAAGAAAAAGAAGAAGAAAGAGGAGAAGGAGAAGUGACGGUGCUGGAUCAGCAACAACAGAAGUCAGAUCAGAUGAGGACGCCUCUACAGGUCAAAAGAUGUUGGGUGUCCUAACAUUUUAAGUUCAUAAACUAGAGGAUUUUGGAAAGAAAUAAAUGGGAAUAAAGUUUUGGGAACCAUAAACUUUUUGUGCUUCAAAAAAAACAUUUUUUUGAAAUGAUGAUGAUGAAAAAAUGUUUUUUUCCAUCUUGCUUUAAUACCACUUUCAUAUUCAAUUUCAGUGUUUUACAGUGUAAUCACAUGUCUGCCAAUCUUGACCAGGCUCCACCCGCCUCUGCCCGAUUGGCUGGGAGUGGACGACAGACUACGUGGAAUGUUAGACAGGAGUGUCAUAGCUGGCGCACUUUUAUCACGGGGUCAAAGGUCACUCUUGUUUCUGGCUUAAUUUUGCUGCGUGCCUUCAAGUGUUUGCACAAGGUUUCUGCAGUCAUUGGGGAAACCCUGGAAAGUCUCUUAAUUAGAAAUCUGGGUUUCAGAACCCUAACCCCUUGAACUUUCUUAGAAAAAAUUACACAAAAUGUUUGAUUCUGAAAUCCAUCUCAGAAAAAAAGAUACUACUUAUUUUAAAACUACAUAUGAUCACACUUUAUGUAAUGGAGUUGUCACUGGACUUGUGAAGGGAAACAUAGGAUUCCUUAAUUGUAUGCUGAAAGUUUAAACUGUAUAUGAACUCAGUUUAUAUGUUAGAAUUCAGUUAAACAUGCGUCAGAAUAAACUCAAAUUUAGUAACGCCGUCUCAGUUCA